AUGCCACCGAAACGUAAAGCGAGCAUACCCGCAAAUGCGGCAUCCGCGAAGAACUACACCGACGUGUCCGGCGACGCCCCCAACAAGCGCUCGCGCAUCGCCAAACCUCUCCCAAAAGCCACCUCGAAAGACGCGCCUCCCGUUGACUCUAUAGCGAAGAACACCGAGAAUGGGGCGCCUGGAGAGGCCGUGAAGAAAGAGGAAGAAGGUUUCGACCAUUCGAGACCAGAAGAGAGAGCCGGCAUCGUGGAUCGACGGUACUAUCCUGCUGAGAUGAGCAAUGAACGAUGCGCGUUGUACAAUCAGAAUGAGGUACCGCGCCCGAUCGAGAUUCUGAACAAGACGUUGGAGGAUACGAAAGACAAAAGAAAGGCUAUCAGAGAAGGGAAGAAAGGGCAACAUGGCGACGCGGUAGUACACUGGUUCAAGAGGGAUCUGCGGAUAGGAGAUAAUACUGGCUUGUCUGAAGCAGCAGCAUUGGCGGAGAAGAAAGGAGUAGGCCUGAUAGGCGUUUGGUUCAUGAGCCCGCAAGACUGGGAGGCUCACCUGGUCAGCCCGCCAAAAUGUCAUUUCGAACUGCGCUCUGUGGAGACACUCAAGAAGGAACUCGAAGAGCUGAACAUCCCCCUCUACAUCGAAACGAUUCCCGAACGAAAGAACGUGACAAAGCGGUUGGUGGAGUUGGCAGAAGAAUGGAAUGCGAAGAACGUCUUCUGCAACUUGGAAUACGAACCCGACGAGCUUCGGCGGGAGGAGCGCUUGGUACGCAUGAUGCUGGAGAAGGGCAUCAACUUCGAGCCGCACCACGACGACUGCGUGGUACCACCUGGUAGUCUCAAGACAGGAGGGGGAAAGCAAUAUGCGAUGUACAGCCCUUGGUUCCGAUCAUGGGUUGCACAUUUGCACGAGCAUCCGCAUCUUAUGAGUGAGCGUCCCAUGCCCCAACGAAAUCCUCCAGCCUUCCGCAAGAAGUUUAUCCAGCUCUUCGACUCGAAAGUCCCCGAUCUACCAGAGUGCAAAGCGUUGACGGCAGAAGAGAAGGAACGGUUCCAGCAACUGUGGCCCGCGGGUGAGGCCGCUGCUAUGGAUCGCCUCGAGCGCUUCUUGGAAGAAAAGGUGGUUAAAUACAAGGACACGCGCAACUUUCCCGCGAUGAACAGCACCGCACGCGUGAGUGUGCAUCACGCUGCUGGCACGCUGGCGGCACGAACCAGUAUACGUAUGGCUCGAGACGUCAACAGCGCGAAGAGACUCGACGGAGGGAAGGAUGGCGUCAAAGGCUGGUUGGGAGAAGUCGCAUGGCGGGACUUCUAUCGGCAUGUGCUUGUACACUGGCCCUACGUUUGCAUGAACAAGCCCUUCAAAUUCGAAUACACAAACAUCGAAUGGGAGUACAACGACGCGCACUUUCAAGCCUGGACACAAGGCAAGACCGGCUACCCCAUCGUCGACGCCGCAAUGCGCUGCCUCAACCACACGGGCUACAUGCACAACCGCCUGCGCAUGAUAACCGCCUCCUUCCUCGCAAAGCACCUCCUCCUCGACUGGCGCCUCGGCGAACAAUACUUCAUCACGCACCUCAUCGACGGCGACUUCGCGUCCAACAACGGCGGCUGGGGCUUCAGUGCAUCGACAGGUGUAGAUCCACAACCGUACUUUAGGAUCUUUAACCCGUGGACACAAUCGGAGAGGUUUGAUGAGCAGGGCGAGUUUAUCAAGCUGUGGCUACCGGAGCUGGCAGAGGUGGAGGGGGCGGCUAUACAUAAUCCGUAUGCGGCGGGUGGAAAGGCCGCGCAGAUUGCGAAGGCAAAGGGCUACCCCGAGCCGGUUGUUGAGCAUAAGUUUGCGAGGGAGAGGUGCUUGGCUAGGUAUAAGGCUGGCAUUGGGAGGAACACUGCGUGA